CGCGCAACGCGCGGAAGGAGUUCGCGCUGCCACUGCAGGGUCGGCGGGCGGGGCGACGCCCUAGACGGCGGUCGUGGCGCUGCUUCUUCUCCUUUCUGGACGGUGAGCCGCGCCGGCACCAUGUCGGCCUACCCCAAAAGCUACAAUCCGUUCGACGAUGACGGGGAGGACGAAGGCGCCCGGCCAGCCCGGUGGAGGGACGCCCGGGACCUCCCCGACGAGCCCGACGAGCCCGCGGACAGGCAGCAGUACCUGCGGCAGGAGGUGCUGCGCAGGGCUGAGGCCACGGCCGCCAGUACCAGCAGGUCCCUGACCCUCAUGUACGAGUCCGAGAAGGUUGGGGUCGCCUCUUCCGAGGAGCUUGCCCGUCAGCGAGGAGUCCUGGAGCACACAGAGAAGAUGGUGGACAAGAUGGACCAAGAUUUGAAGAUCAGCCAGAAACACAUCAAUAGCAUUAAGAGUGUGUUUGGGGGACUUGUCAAUUACUUCAAAUCCAAACCAGCAGAGACCUCGGCUGAACAGAAUGGCACCCUCGUUUCCCAGCCCAACAGCAGAUUGAAAGAAGCCAUAAGUACAAGUAAAGAACAGGAGGCAAAGUACCAGGCCAGUCACCCAAAUCUUAGAAAGCUGGAUGAUACAGACCCUAUACCCAGAGGGGCUGGUUCUGCUGUGAGUACUGAUGCUUACCCGAAGAACCCACACCUUCGAGCCUAUCACCAGAAGAUCGACAGCAACCUAGAUGAGCUGUCCAUGGGACUGGGCCGUUUGAAGGACAUAGCCCUGGGGAUCCAGACGGAAAUUGAGGAGCAAGAUGACAUUCUUGACCGGCUGACAACCAAAGUGGACAAGUUAGAUGUCAACAUAAAAAGUACAGAAAGAAAAGUUCGACAACUCUGAAGACAGAUGGAUUUCCACUCUGUUGUGAUGAAAAAGAUUUGAAAGGUCUUUUUUUGAACUUACAAGAAAUUUCAUUUACUAUUUUAGUAUGUAAAUUAAUGUGUGUUUGCAAAUGUUAGAGUAGAUCUUAAGACA